AUGAAGAACGUCACCCUGGCCACCAUCAGCAAAAACAUCACCAACAGCCUUCACUUCGGACUUGUGAACAUCAUUGGCAACGAGUCGACCUCUAACUGCUCACAUAAGCCAUCAGAUAAGCAUUUAGAUGCAAUUCCCAUCCUCUACUAUAUUAUUUUUGUGAUUGGAUUUCUUGUCAAUACUAUUGUGGUUACGCUGUUCUGUUGUCAAAAGGGUCCUAAAAAGGUUUCCAGCAUUUACAUCUUCAACCUGGCUGUGGCUGAUUUGCUGCUUUUGGCUACUCUUCCUCUCUGGGCAACCUAUUAUUCUUACAGAUAUGACUGGCUCUUUGGGCCUGUGAUGUGCAAAGUGUUUGGUUCUUUCCUGACCCUGAACAUGUUCGCAAGCAUUUUUUUUAUCACCUGCAUGAGCGUUGAUAGGUACCAGUCUGUUAUCUAUCCCUUUCUGUCUCAGAGAAGAAAUCCCUGGCAAGCGUCUUAUAUUGUUCCCCUUGUUUGGUGUAUGGCUUGUCUGUCCUCAUUGCCAACAUUCUAUUUCCGAGAUGUCCGAACCAUUGAGUAUUUGGGAGUGAACGCCUGCAUUAUGGCCUUCCCCCCUGAGAAAUAUGCCCAAUGGUCGGCUGGGAUUGCCUUAAUGAAAAAUAUCCUUGGUUUUAUUAUCCCUUUAAUAUUCAUAGCCACAUGCUAUUUUGGAAUCAGAAAGCACUUACUGAAGACCAAUAGCUACGGGAAGAACAGAAUAACUCGCGACCAAGUCCUCAAGAUGGCAGCGGCUGUCGUUCUGGCGUUCAUCAUCUGUUGGCUUCCCUUCCAUGUUCUGACCUUCCUGGAUGCUCUGGCCUGGAUGGGUGUCAUUCAUAGCUGUGAAGUUAUAGCAGUCAUUGACCUGGCACUUCCUUUUGCCAUCCUUCUGGGAUUCACCAACAGCUGCAUUAAUCCCUUUCUGUAUUGUUUUGUUGGUAACCGGUUCCAACAGAAGCUCCGCCGUGUGUUUAGGGUUCCAAUUACUUGGCUCCAAGGCAAGCGAGAGAGUGUGUCAUGCCGAAAAAACAGUUCCCUUAGAGAAAUGGAGACCUUUGUGUCUUAA